CUCUAUUCUUGGUGAUAGGAUUGGGUGUGUUCACAAAAAAGUUUCAUGGAAUGGGAGUAUUAAAAUACAGCUGGUCCUACAUGAUUGGAUGGAGUUCAGUGGGAAUUUCUAUCAUAUCAGCAAUUUUAUGUUUUGUAAUGAAAAUGGAUAAUCAGUUAGCAUAUUCUGCUUUUUAAAUUGAAAAAGGAAAAUACCGUUAUUAGUUUUUAGGAAUGUUUAUAAACAAUAAUAUAAAUAAAAUUUAUAAUAUCUAUUAUUAUAUGUACCUUUUUACUAUUAUUAUGUGUUACAUUAAAUUUUUAAAAAAUCUUAACAAAGAAAAAAAGUUUUUAUAUUAUUUUAAUGUUUUAUUUAAUUGCCUCACAUAUUUUAUCUUUAGUUGCAAUAUAGUACGGACACAAUUAUGGUUUGAAUGAACUAAAACUUCAGAUUUUAUUAUAUAAAUUGUAUUUUUACAGCGGCGGUUCAGUAGGUACUUUGAAUGGUCCACCUCAGACAGCACAUUAACGAUUCAAGACAAUCAGCAUCAAGGAUCAAACAGCCUUGUAAAACUUGUUGAAUUCCUUUUUCUAGAAAUAUAUGACUAUACACUCCUUCAC